UCCUUCCGGGGUCUGGUGCUGGGACCUUCCAUACCUAACUCCCCUGUAGUGUCACAGCAAGGGUCCGUGCGGUUCUCACUAAACGACUCUCCCCGAGUAUCAGUAAACGGAUCUGUCCAACUCUCAGAAUCCUCCGUAGAGUCGGUGCAAGGGUCCACCCUGCCCUCAGUGCUCAGCACCCCCCGGGGUUCGCCGCCAGGACGGGUCUCGCUCUCGGACUACUCCCGAGUGUUGGUGCAAGAGUCCGCCCAUCCCUCGGUGCCCGGCUCCCCCCGGGGUUCGCUGCAGGGGCCGACCCCGCGCUCGGACUCCCGAGCUUCGGUGCAAGAGUCAACCCAGCCCUCGGUGCCCGGCUCCCCCCGGGGUUCGCUGCAAGGACCAGCCCCGCGCUCCGACUCCUCCGGAGCGUCGGUACAAGGGUUCGCCCAGCCCUCAGUGCCCAGCUCCCCCUGGGGUUCGGUACAAGGACUUCUUACGCCCAGAAACUCCUCCGGAGGACCGGUACCAGGGUCCGCCCAGCCCUCAGUGCCGGGUAGCCCCCGAAUAUCCAUAGAAGGAUCGACUCCGCCCACAGGCUUCCCUGGAGUAGCAGUACCAGAGACCGCUCCGCCCUCCGUGCCCGACUCCACCCGGGUGUCGAUGGAAGAUUCGGCUCCGCCCCUGGACUCCCCCCGAGAGUCGAUAGAAGGGUCCGCCCCGCCCUUGACCGGCCUCACUUCUAUACAUACGCCCGGAGAGAGUCUCAAUCAGAGCAUGGCGAGUCAGGAGAAGGCGAGUCGAGAGAAGGCGAGUGUCGCGGGCCACAUGUUCGACGUAGUCGUGAUAGGAGGCGGCAUCUCAGGGCUAUCUGCUGCCAAACUCUUAGCCGAACAUGACGCUAAUGUUUUGGUCCUAGAAGCACGGGACAGAGUUGGAGGAAGAACCUACACCGUGAGGAAUGAACACGUCAAUUACGUAGAUGUUGGCGGGGCUUACGUGGGACCAACCCAGAAUCGAAUCCUACGAUUAUCUAAGGAGCUGGGUCUAGAGACUUACAAAGUGAACGUAUGUGAGCGGCUUGUUCAAUAUGUCAAGGGGAAAACGUACCCAUUUCGGGGUGCCUUUCCUCCGGUGUGGAAUCCUGUCGCAUAUCUGGAUUACAACAAUCUGUGGCGGACCCUGGAUAACAUGGGGAUGGAGAUUCCAGCCGAUGCACCGUGGGAUGCUCCACACGCUGAGGAAUGGGACAAGAUGACCAUGAAAGAUCUCAUUGAUGAAAUCUGCUGGACCAAGACUGCUAGGCAGUUUGCAUAUCUCUUUGUGAACAUCAAUGUGACCUCUGAACCCCACGAGGUGUCGGCGCUGUGGUUCCUGUGGUAUGUGAAGCAGUGUGGAGGCACCACUCGGAUAUUCUCGGUUACCAACGGGGGCCAGGAACGGAAGUUUGUAGGCGGAUCUGGUCAAGUGAGUGAACGGAUAAUGGAACGCCUCGGGGACAGGGUGAAGCUGAAGCGUCCUGUCACCUAUGUUGACCAGUCAGAUGACAGCAUCCUCAUAGAGACCUUGAAUCAUGAAGUAUAUGAGUGCAGGUACGUAAUUAGCGCCAUCCCUCCAACACUAACAGCCAAGAUACACUUCAAACCAGAGCUUCCAUCCGAGAGAAACCAGUUAAUUCAGCGUCUUCCGAUGGGGGCUAUCAUUAAGUGCAUGAUGUAUUACAAGGAGGCAUUUUGGAAGAAGAAGGAUUACUGCGGCUGUAUGAUCAUUGAAGAUGAGGAGGCCCCAAUCUCAAUAACCCUGGAUGACACCAAGCCAGAUGGAUCGCUGCCCGCCAUCAUGGGCUUCAUACUUGCCCGAAAAGCAGAGCGACUUGCCAAGCUCCAUAAAGAAAUCAGGAAGAGGAAAAUCUGUGAGCUGUACGCCAAAGUGCUAGGAUCGCAGGAAGCUUUACACCCCGUGCACUACGAAGAGAAGAACUGGUGUGAGGAACAGUACUCCGGGGGCUGUUACACCGCCUACUUCCCCCCUGGGAUCAUGACUCAAUACGGAAGGGUGAUUCGCCAGCCCGUCGGCAAGAUUUACUUUGCUGGCACGGAGACAGCCACACACUGGAGCGGCUACAUGGAAGGGGCCGUGGAGGCCGGAGAACGGGCAGCUCGAGAGGUCUUGAAUGCUCUGGGGAAGGUGGCAAAGAAGGACAUCAGAGUUGAGGAGCCCGAAUCGAAGGAUGUUCCAGCGGUGGCGAUCACCCACACCUUUUGGGAGAGGAACCUUCCCUCGGUGGGAGGCCUGCUGAAGAUCAUCGGAUUCACCACCUCAGUAACUGCCCUGUGGAUCGUGGUGUACAAACUCAGGCUCCUGUCCCGUCCGUGAAGUUCCAGCCACGUGCUUUUUGCUCCUCUUCCCCAGCACUGUGAAAAGCAAGCUGUUGGCAAAGGCCAUGUAGUCCGACUGUCGUGCCACGCACUGGAUUUACUCCCCCCAUUUAGUCUCAUUCGGUGUCCGAGUCAAAACCAACCCGGAGAACCACCUCGUUAAUUUCAAUAAGAUCAAAUUGCACUGUGAGAUUUGCCUGUGUAGACUGAUUUGUGUUCGAUUGGUAGAGUAAAAACCAUGUGAUCGAUUCCUUAGUUUCCAGACAUUGUAAUGGAAGAGCUGAUCAGAAACCAUUUCUGUGUCGGGUUUUCCUCCUCUUUAACACAGAAUGCCUGAUGAUUGCACGCAGGACGCAUUUCGCUCUCUGUCUCUGCCUGGAGCGGUUGCAUAAGCAAAGGCCCAGCCUGUGACUGUCGUUUUUAGUCCUUAGGAAAUGGCGAGCUGUGCGCCCAGACGCUCGCAGCUUCCUGGGGGUGGGUGAGCGGUUGGUUCACCCACCGGGUAGUAAAUGGAAAUAGCAGAGAUAGACCGUUAGCGGGGGACAUCUAGCAGGCUGUGCCUCAGGGAUCUCCUGACCGCUUCUAAUUUCCUGUGAGGUUUCUAGACAUCUAGCCUAAUGUUCAGUUAACUUAACGUGGUUACCAUUGAGUAAAUAUUAGCAUGCUGAUCUCUCUCAAGUAGGAGCGGAAAUACACACGAUACAUUUCCAAUUGCUAUCUGUUGAGACUGUCAAGUACGGCAAGGAAAUUGGGGCUUAAUAGUCUAUCCUCAGUGGCUUUAGUUAUUAAGUUUAUGACAGACAUGACAUCGAUGGAUUUUCAUAUGAAGAGUCAGUUCUCUAUUUUAGGAGUAAUGUGGGCCCAGAAUUGUGCCCACCUCUUUCUGGCUUCUCCCGUUUUAAAACCUCAGAUUUUUUUCUAAGCCCCUUCCAGAAGGUUUCGGCCAUAAAAGGCUCCUUUUUAAAAUAUAAGCAUCCGGAAAAAAAUCAGCACCAAUGUGAUCAAAUAAGGCAGUGGACGAGAUUCAGUGGACUUGGGUACCCAGGUGGAUACGCAGUUAACGCCUUAUCCCACAUCAUUGAUGAACAAGGCAUUUUAGAGGAAGUUUCUAGAUAGCUGAAGUUGACUCUUUAAUGUACCGAAAAGCUUAAAUAAAAAUUUUGAUGGGCAUACUUCCAUACAUUAUUCAACAAGCAAGAUUCAGAUUCACCUUUUUUUAAUUAAUCCGGUCAAUCGUUAGGUGCCUCGCUUAUUUUAUACUUUCCUCAGAGAGUGAUAACCUGUGUUCACCCCUCUGCUGAAUGUCGCAUGAUUGAUUUAUAGCUGGUAAGUCUAAUGCUCUUUCUACCUUCUCCCAGAUUUAGGAUUUUAUUUCAUACCCUUAUUAUCUCCUACUACCUCUUAACCUAAUCUCUUAUCUUCUGUUGAAUGGGAAGUAAAGAUUCCCAGAGAAAAAUCAACCCAAGUUUACUACAUAAUUAACCUUAUAAGCUCGCAAGUCACUGGACCCUGAUAAUGAGGGCUUAAAGUACUCCAAUUUUGCCUGUCCUAAGAGCAAAGAGCAAAAUUUUUCUGCCACUCUUUACUUUGUAAUUGAAAAGCGUUUUAGCUAACAUAGCAGUUUGGGUAAUGUCUUGGAUAUACUCCAGUCCAGAAGGAGUUGCCGCAUAGUAUAUCAAACUGCUUAGAGAAAUCACAUCCCCGAUCUAUUUCAGUUGUUUCCGUUCACUUACUGAUUAACUCGGUUCUGACACACCUUUUGAGGAAAUGCUGAUUUAAACCUCUUAACUGGCAACUGUUUGAGUUAUGAAGGGGUGGUUAGCAUAGCCAAGUCUUUAAUGUAGGACUCCUGAGUCUGUGAUGUACCCUCUUCUCAAACUUUUUAGAGAAUCAAUUUAUUUCUCCUAAUGAGAAUCAGCCCUGUGAAACUGCAGCUUGAGCUUAAAAAUGAAUACUAGUCUAGGUGUACGUAGGUAGGAAAUCAGAGCUGAGGACACCCACCAUUCUGUUUGUCCACUGCCAGGGUCCCAUAGGUAGGUCUUUCUUCCAACCCCGAGAAAUGAAAGGCAGUUUCAAGAGCUCGUAGGGCCUCUGGCAUUUGCUUCCUAGCUCUGAAGGCUGAGUUGGCCUCCCUCCAUAGUAAGGUCGAGAAGUAGACGUGAAAAGUUAACCUUUUUGUCACAGCUGUUGAAGAAGGACUUAAACCACACUGAAGGAAAACUCCGGAAGGAUUGUGAAACUAUGUUUACUUUGAUCGUGGACUUGGUGCCUCGUGUUCUGUCCGAAACGUGCCCCAGUGCUACAUGUGCGAGUACACAUACGCGUGUGUUUUGCCAUUGAAAUGUGACUUUGCCUGUGUGGUACUGUUUUGUUUGUUAAUAAAGUGCAUUCCCCUCCCUGA